CCUGGGGGCAGCCCCUCCCAGCCAAUAGCACAGCCCGGCCCCCCCUAUAUAAGGCCAGGGCUGGAGGCCCAUCCUUCGGGUCAGUGUCACCUUCCAGGAUAGAGACAGCCCCGUUCAGCACAGCCCAGCCAGGCCCCCAACACCGCCGCCAUGCCGUUCGGGAACACCCACAACAAGUUCAAACUGAACUACAAGCCCGAAGAGGAGUACCCGGACCUCAGCAAGCACAACAACCACAUGGCCAAGGCGCUGACCUUUGACAUCUACAAGAAGCUGCGCGACAAGGAGACUCCAUCGGGCUUCACUCUGGAUGAUGUCAUCCAGACAGGUGUGGACAACCCAGGUCAUCCCUUCAUCAUGACCGUGGGCUGUGUGGCCGGUGACGAGGAGUCCUACGUGGUUUUCAAGGAACUCUUCGACCCCAUCAUCCAGGACCGGCAUGGGGGCUACAAACCCACCGACAAGCACAAGACUGACCUCAACCACGAGAACCUCAAGGGUGGAGACGAUCUGGACCCUCAUUACGUGCUCAGCAGCCGCGUCCGCACUGGCCGCAGCAUCAAGGGCUACACGCUGCCCCCCCACUGCUCCCGCGGGGAGCGCAGGGCGGUGGAGAAACUCUCCGUGGAAGCCCUCAACAGCCUGACGGGUGAGUUCAAGGGGAAGUACUACCCUCUGAAGAGCAUGACGGAGCAGGAGCAACAGCAGCUCAUCGACGACCACUUCCUGUUCGACAAGCCCGUGUCCCCGCUGCUGCUGGCCUCAGGCAUGGCCCGAGACUGGCCCGACGCCCGUGGCAUCUGGCACAAUGACAACAAGAGCUUCCUGGUGUGGGUGAACGAGGAGGACCACCUCCGAGUCAUCUCUAUGGAGAAAGGGGGCAACAUGAAGGAGGUUUUCCGCCGCUUCUGCGUCGGGCUGCAGAAGAUUGAGGAGAUCUUCAAGAAAGCCGGCCACCCCUUCAUGUGGAACGAGCACCUGGGCUACGUGCUCACCUGCCCAUCCAACCUGGGCACGGGGCUGCGUGGAGGCGUGCACGUGAAGCUGGCGCACCUGAGCAAGCACCCCAAGUUCGAGGAGAUCCUCAAACGUCUGCGCCUGCAGAAACGGGGCACAGGGGGCGUGGACACGGCCGCCGUGGGCUCCGUGUUCGACGUGUCCAACGCCGACCGGCUGGGCUCGUCCGAGGUGGAACAGGUGCAGCUGGUGGUGGACGGUGUGAAGCUCAUGGUGGAGAUGGAGAAGAAGCUGGAAAAGGGCCAGUCCAUCGACGACAUGAUCCCCGCCCAGAAGUAGGCGCCCAGCCUGCCCGCCGCCGUCGACUGCUGGAGCCCCAGCCCCCGGGAGGCCCGGGCCCCCUGGAGGCCCGCCCCUUCGUCCCUGGCCCCGCCCCUUUCCUCCGGAGGCCCGAUCGUGGUUGGGUCCACCCGGGGCUCUAUCCAUCCAUCUCGGAGUUCCGAUUCCAACCACAAUUCCAACCAAUGGGCUCCAUCCUCUGGGUUCUGGCCAAUAGGAAGCCUCCCUCACGCGCUCUCGUCUUCCGGAGCUCCGCCCACCACCUGGAGCUCUCGCUGGUGGAGCUCCCCAGCGCAUCUGGGGCUGGUGCUUUUUCUCCACGCAAAGCAACAAAUAAAAGCAAUGGUGGCCUUA